GAGAAAGGAAAAUUGAAUGAUGUUUGUUUUGAUUCGAGGUCGUGUCUCCUGAUUGUUAAUUAUCCAUCUCUUUUCCUCCUUUCUGCUCUUCUUGGAACUGCAGAAGAAAACAAAAGGCCCGGAAAAUCAAAACCAUAAAUAGCCUCAGAGGAAAACGAGAAUGGCGGUCCAACAGGCAUCACCUCCACCAGACAACUCCAUAAGCAACCUCAUCCUCCUAUUCCUCCGCCAUCUUCUCUCCUCUCCUCAUCCCAAAAUUCUUCCUCCCCCACCUCUACUCCUCUCUCUCUCUCGCUCUCUGAAAUUCAAGAAACAGAAAUAACGGAAACAAGAGAUUGAUUUGUUGUUGCAGACCCACCAAGAAUCAAGCAGACGGAGCUCAGUGCCGAAACUCUUUCGGCGGCGAGGGGAAGGAAGACGCGAAAGUUCUGUGGCCUAUUUGGUUCCUCUUCUUUCUCUCUUUACACCUGUGCAUUCGCUUCAUUCCGCAUGAUUGCGUUUUUUCAGUUUCUGGGUUCCACACAGAAACCGAUUCUGCAAUAUGGGUUUCCGUUGGUUUCCUGUGUUGGUUCACUGGAACGCCAUUGAAUUUUCGUCUGAGAGAAUUUUUCAGCUCGCCGGAGGGAAAUAACCGGCCGUCGUCUUUGUAGAGGGGGGUUUUUUCCCCUUCUUCCGGAGAUUGCAAUAUUGGGGGUGCUUUUAUUCAUUCCCCCCUUUCCGAUGGGCGAAUACAGACACGGGGGCUCAUCGAUUGGGUUCGCCGCUAGAAAGCUCCUAUUCUACGUAUUCCCGUUUGUCUCCGCCGUGCUCAUGCUCUCAUGGUUCUUCGUCCUCCGCUCCUCCACCGCCCGCCCAAGCUUCCUCGACCGCGCAUUUUUACCGAUGGUCACCACUCUCUCCGUCGUUAAAAGCGACAUCCCCUUCCAGCAACACCUCUCCACUCCUAGCUCCAUCUCCACUAGGACUCGCGCAAUCCUCGUCGACGACACCGAGCCCACAAAACCAGAAAAAAUCAAUAACAUCCUCACCACCACCAUCGCCAAUCUAGACGCCGGACCCAAACCCGUGAAUGAUGAUAAGCCCAUAGCAGCAGCAGCAGUAAGAAGACCCGAAACCAGAGCUACUAGUGUCAAUGUUGAUGUGAAUUGCAAUGGCGAAAGAAGCCUCGUCAACACCAAACCGCAGCAACAACAACAACAAUUGAAGGUUUUCAUGUACGAUAUGCCUCCAGAGUUCCACUUCGAGCUCUUGGGUUGGAAACCCGAACCGGGUCGGGUAUGGCCCGACAUAAAAACCCACAUACCCGGGUACCCAGGCGGACUCAAUCUGCAACACAGCAUCGAAUACUGGCUUACACUGGACCUUCUAGCUUCUGAAGUCCCUCAGAUUCCUCGAGCCGGGAGUGCCAUUCGAGUCCGGAAUUCGAGCGAAGCCGACAUCAUAUUCGUGCCCUUCUUCUCUUCCCUGAGCUACAACCGGUACUCGAAGCUGAACCCGCACCAGAAGAAGAGCAGGAACAAUGAGUUGCAGGACAAAGUGGUGAAGUACCUCACUUCACAGCCGGAGUGGAAAAGGUCCGGCGGGAGGGAUCAUCUGGUGAUGGCUCACCACCCGAAUAGUAUGCUGAGCGCAAGGAUGAAGCUGUGGCCGGCGAUGUUUGUGUUGUCAGAUUUCGGCAGGUAUCCGCCCAAUGUGGCGAAUGUGGACAAGGAUGUGAUUGCGCCUUACAAGCAUAUCAUUAAGAGCUAUGUCAAUGAUAGCUCGGAGUAUGACACCAGACCAACUCUGCUCUACUUCCAGGGUGCCAUUUACAGGAAAGAUGGUGGACUGGCUAGGCAAGAGCUGUUCUACCUACUGAAGGACGAAAAAGACGUGCACUUCCAGUUCGGCAGCGUGAAGAAAGACGGCAUCCACAAGGCCUCCCGAGGCAUGCACUCAUCCAAGUUCUGCCUCAACAUAGCCGGGGACACACCCUCGUCGAACCGCCUCUUUGAUGCCAUCGCCAGCCACUGCAUCCCCGUGAUCAUCAGCGACGAGAUCGAGCUCCCCUACGAGGAUGUCCUGGACUACUCCGAGUUCUGCGUGUUUGUCAAGACCUCCGACGCGGUGAAGGAGAAGUUCUUGAUCAACUUCAUCAGGAGCAUCAAGAAGGAAGAGUGGACGACAAUGUGGACGAGGUUGAAGGAAGUCGAGCAUUUCUUCCAGUUCCAGUACCCUUCUGUGGAAGGCGAUGCUGUACAAAUGAUAUGGCAGGCCGUGGGGAGGAAGGUUCCAGGCGUGAGGAUGAAGAUAAACAGGGCGAGGAGAUACUCGCGGUUUGCUGUUACUGAUACUCAUAGAGGUGGCCGUGGUGGUGGAGGGUCUAGGCAUCAUAUACACACGCCAAAGAACUUUUGGUGAAUAGUGAAGUUUAUUAGAGCAAUUGUUUUUCUUUCAUUCUGUUGUGUUAACAUCUGUGACAUAGAAUUGAGACUGUGGGAAGAGAAACUGGCAUUACUGUAACAUUAGGAGAUGAUACAAAAUUUUUGUCAUUAAUGGGAAAUGAAGAUACUACUACUCU